CGGUACUACUACACGCCGCUGAUGGAGAAGUACGAGAAGAUCUCCAAGAUCGGCGAGGGCUCGUACGGCGUGGUGUUCAAGUGCCGGGUGCGAGACACCGGGCAGCUGGUGGCCGUCAAGAAGUACGUGGAGACCGAGGACGACCCGCUCAUCAAGAAGAUCGCCCUCAGGGAGAUACGCAUGCUCAAGCAACUCAAGCACCCGAAUCUGGUGAACCUGAUCGAGGUGUUCCGGCGGAAGCGAAAGCUGCACCUCGUCUUCGAGUACUGCGAACACACCGUGCUGGAUUUUCUCGACAAGCACCCCAAGGGAGUACCAGACUCCCUGACCAAGCGGAUAGUGUACCAGACUCUGCAAGCCAUCAACUUCUGCCACAUGCACAACUGCAUCCACAGGGAUGUGAAGCCAGAAAACAUACUGCUCACCAAAGACGGCGUCGUCAAACUGUGCGACUUCGGUUUCGCCCGAACGCUGAGUCCAGGAGAGAACUACACGGACUACGUGGCGACUCGCUGGUACCGCGCCCCCGAGCUGCUGGUGGGCGAUACCCAGUACGGCCCCGCCGUGGACGUCUGGGCCGUGGGCUGCGUGGCCGCGGAACUCAUGCGCGGAGAGGCGCUCUGGCCGGGCAAGUCGGACGUGGACCAGCUUUUCCUCAUCCGGAGGACCAUCGGCGAACUGAUACCCAGACAUAUGCAGAUUUUCAAGACGAACGAUUUUUUCUCCGGAGUCAGUAUUCCGGACCCGGACGUUAUCGAAUCCAUACAAUCCGUCAUUCCAAGUUCUAUCGAGUCUUCUGGAAUCGAUUUCCUCAAGAGAUGUCUGGACAAGGAUCCUGCGAGGCGAUGGAACUGCGAGCAGCUGCUGAAACACCCUUACCUGACCGACUGCAAAAUCCCUGAACUUGACGCUGAGGACAACAGCAUUCGGAUCCGCAGGGAACGCUCCAGGAACGGCACGCAGCAUCAGUCGCUGUUCCCGCACCUCCCGGGCCACUCUGGCAGCGGAUACCCGACCCCUGACGUACGAGCCUCGCAGCUGCACUCGCGGCAGAUGCCUCAGCAGGCGCAGACGCACCAACAGGCGGCGGCAACCCGCAAGUUUGACCACUUACCCAACAUCUGACGCUUGGGACCAGGAGCACUCUACCAUUCAUCGUCCAUCUCCAAGUCGCUCACCGGGUGGUCUUGGAAGUAGUGGUCCUGGA